AUGGCUCUCCACUCUAUGUCGGGAAGCACGCCUUCCCAUGCGCAGUCGUCGCUGCCGUCGCUACCCUCACAUCUCCAGUCAGAUACGCAUUUGACGGCUCAUCUGGCUAGCAGAUUCCAUGUGUCCCUGCCGACCGCUCGUCUCUCCUCGCAGGCUUUAAUAUGCAUCAACACCUACACGACGUCCACCAAGGGCCCAGAUGGUGGGAAGGAGGGCAGCGCCAUGGCCGAGGCGGAGGACUUGGCCAAACGCGCCUUCACUCGUCUGGGUGCCAGGGGGGAAAACCAGGCCAUAGUGUUUCUAGGAGAAAGCGGUUCAGGAAAGACGACAAUACGGUCGCACCUGCUAUCAUCGUUCCUCUCGUUUUCCUCGACGCCUCUGUCAACGAAACUGUCAUAUGCAGCUUUUGUGUUCGACACACUGACGACGACCAAGUCCGUCACGACGCCUACUGCGUCAAAGGCCGGUCUAUUCUUCGAACUGCAGUAUGAUGCUUCCUCAUCGGUCAACCCGACCUUGAUCGGAGGCAAAAUCCUUGAUCACCGCUUGGAAAGGAGUCGAAUAACGUCAGUGCCAACGGGCGAACGGAGUUUUCAUGUUUUGUACUACCUUCUUGCGGGCACCAGUGCAGCUGAAAAGGCUCACCUGGGCUUCGAGUCCAACACUGGCGGCGCUUCCUCGAGUCAUAAGCGAUGGCGGUACCUGGGCCACCCAACUCAGAUGAAAGUGGGUAUCAACGAUGCAGAGGGUUUCCAGCACUUCAAGACGGCGUUGAGGAAGCUGGAGUUCCCUCGGAGCGAGAUAGCAGAGAUUUGCCAGAUUCUGGCGAGCAUCUUGCACAUUGGCCAGCUCGACUUCGUUACAGGCCAGGCCACGACAACGACGGGACAAGAGAGUGGUGGUUACUCUCAUGAAGGAGGCGAGACCGUGACAAUGGUGAAGAACAAGGAUGUUUUGGCGAUUGUGGCUGCAUUCUUGGGACUAAGUACCGAAGAGCUCGAAGUUAGUCUCCGGUACAAGAGCAAGACAAUUCACCGUGAGCGUGUGACGGUCAUGCUUGAUCCUAAGGGAGCUCGUCAGAACGCCGAUGAACUUGCGCGGACGUUGUACUCCCUCUUGGUGGCAUACGUGAUUGAAAGUAUCAACCAGAGAAUCUGUGCCGCGGAGGAUAGCAUUGCGAAUACAAUCUCCAUCAUUGAUUUCCCCGGCUUCGCACAGACCUCUCCUACUGGGUCAACGCUGGACCAGCUCCUCAACAAUGCUGCUACGGAAUCGCUGUAUAACUACUGUUUGCAAAGCUUUUUCACCAGCAAGGCCGAUUUGUUGGAGAGCGAGGAAGUCAGCGUGCCUGCGACAAGUUACUUCGAUAACUCGGACGCCGUUCGUGGUCUUCUCAAGCAGAGCAAUGGACUUUUGGCGAUCCUGGAUGACCAGACCAGACGAGGAAGAUCAGAUCACCAGUUUCUCGAGAGCUUGAAGAAGAGAUUCGAGAACAAGAACCCUGCGAUUGUCGUGGGGGACACCAAGACGGUGAUGCCAGGGAGCAAUUUCUCUAGCCCCAGUGCCAGGGCCAGUUUCACCGUGAAACAUUUUGCCGGAGAGGUGGAAUAUCCGGUUAACGGUCUCAUUGAAGAGAAUGGAGAGACGAUUUCGGGAGAUCUCAUGAACCUGAUCAACUCGACGAGAAGUGAUUUCGUACGUGAGCUCUUCGGGCAGAAGGCACUGCAGAAAGUUACACAUCCCAAAGAGAAGACUGCCAUCAUGCAGGCUCAAGUGAGCUCCAAACCACAACGCAUGCCGAGCAUGGCCAGACGCAAGAUCGGCCCUCCUUCCAGGUUCGCUUCGAACGGCGCCCGCUCCGAUAAUGAAGAGGUGGAAGAUUUCGACAGCCAAGGAGACAGCGUCAAGCAAGGUGCUUCUGGAAGGCGGAAGAGUACCAACCUCCUGGGUCCAGAACAAGGCGCAGCCGGUCAAUUCCUCUCGUCGCUGGAUAUUAUUAACAAAUGCCUGACUUCGACCAAUCUCAAUCCGUACUUUGUCAUUUGCCUGAAACCGAAUGACCGGCGUAUCGCCAAUCAGUUCGACAGCAAAUGCGUUCGAAUGCAGGUCCAGACGUUUGGCAUUGCGGAAAUCAGUCAACGACUGCGCAAUGCAGACUUCAGUGUGUUCCUUCCUUUCGCCGAAUUCCUGGGCCUUGCGGAAGCCGAGAACAUCGUCGUCGGGAGCGACCGAGAGAAAGCAGAGCUGGUCUUGGAUGAGAAGAAGUGGCCCAGCAACGAGGCCCGAGUCGGCAGCACCGGUGUCUUCCUCAGUGAAAGAUGCUGGGCUGAUCUUGCUAAACUUGGAGAGCGUGUGCUGCCUGUCUACACAUCAGAUACAAUGGACGAAGGGGGAGACGGGUUGCUUCAGCCACACGGCGCUUACUCGGACUCUAAGGUCCGGCUGCUCAACUCGGUCGACAACUCCCCCACUGGUGCCUACAUCUACGGGGACGAAACAAAGCAGGCCUACUUCGGCAGUCGUGAUAUCGAUGGCCGCUCUGAUGCCGGUGCCUCUGCCUUCAACUCUGGUGACAUGUUCAAAAACCUCGAGACCAGAGAGCAGAUGGCUGAAAAGGGUAAUGAGCGACAAAUGGAAGAAGUCGACAGCGUUCCUGUCUCAGGCAGCCGCAAACGGUGGUUGGCCAUUGUUUACAUGCUAACCUUCUGGCUUCCGGACUUCGCCAUCAAGUUCUUUGGAAGGAUGAACAGAAAAGACAUGCGGGUGGCCUGGCGCGAGAAACUUGCUAUCAAUAUGAUCAUCUGGCUCAGCUGUGGGAUCGCAAUCUUCUUUGUUGUCGCCUUUCCCGGCUUGAUCUGCCCCAGACAAUACGUUUAUUCGGCGGCGGAAUUAGCGUCGAACAAUGGUAAAAAUGGUCAUCCUUCGUACGUGGCGAUUCGGGGCGUUGUCUUCGAUCUGGGAUCUUUUAUACCUCAACAUUAUCCCAAGGGGCUCAUCCCCGAGAAGCAGCUGGAGCAGUAUGCAGGGACCGAUAUCACUGGCCUCUUCCCAGUGCAAGUGUCAGCGCUCUGUCAAGGCACCACGGGCGAGGUGGACCCAACGGUGCAGUUUGACUAUUCGCCAACCAACGUCUCGGGGUCCGCCACUGUCCUCAGCAGCACAGCGGCCAACUCGGUAUAUCACGACUUCCGGUACUUCACAAAUGAUUCCCGGCCGGAUUGGUUCGCUGAGCAGAUGCAAAUGUUGAGGGCCUCUUACUUCAAGGGGUACAUGGCCUACAGUCCCCAAUAUCUGACCACGCUGGCGAAUAAACAGAUGUCCAUUGCAAGCAUCAAUGGCAACGUAUAUGACUUUACAAGCUACAUCGCCGGCGGACGGAGGACUGUCGCCCCAAUCGGGAAGAAAGUGCCACCGGGUGUGAACACUGACUUCAUGGAUCCCAACGUCGUGGAACUCUUCGCCCAGAAGUCUGGUCAAGAUGUGACAAAAUACUGGAACAAUCUGAAACUUGACCCAGGACUGCGACAGCGAAUGGAGCUUUGCAUGAAUAAUUUGUUCUUCGUUGGCAAAGUUGACACACGAGACUCCGCCCAAUGCCAGUUUGCACGAUACUUCAUUCUUGCGAUCUCGGUCAUGCUGUGCCUGGUCAUUACGUUCAAGUUCUUGGCUGCCUUGCAAUUUGGUAGGAAGAAUCUUCCUGAGAAUCUGGACAAGUUCAUCAUCUGCCAGGUCCCGGCGUACACGGAAGAUGAAGAGUCCCUUCGCCGGGCCAUUGACUCCAUGGCUCGAAUGAAAUAUGAUGAUAAACGCAAGCUCCUUGUUGUCAUUUGCGAUGGUAUGAUCAUCGGUCAGGGCAACGACCGCCCUACACCCAGGAUUGUCUUGGACAUCUUGGGCGUUCCUGAGACUGUUGACCCGGAGCCCUUAAGCUUCGAGAGUCUCGGCGAGGGUAUGAGGCAGCACAACAUGGGCAAAGUCUACUCGGGUCUCUAUGAGGUGCAAGGUCACAUCGUUCCCUUCCUGGUCGUGGUCAAGGUUGGAAAGCCGUCUGAGGUUUCUCGUCCCGGAAAUCGGGGUAAGCGAGACUCACAGAUGAUCUUGAUGCGUUUCCUCAACCGCAUCCAUUACAACCUGCCCAUGAGCCCCAUGGAGCUUGAGAUGCAUCACCAGAUCCGGAACAUCAUCGGUGUCAACCCGACAUUCUACGAGUUCAUUCUGCAGGUGGAUGCCGAUACGGUUGUUGCCCCGGAUGCUGCGACCCGCAUGGUGUCUGCAAUGGUCGAUGAUACGCGCAUCAUUGGCGUCUGUGGAGAGACUGCCUUGAGUAACGCCAAGUCAUCUAUAAUAACGAUGAUCCAAGUCUACGAAUACUACAUCUCUCACAACCUGACAAAGGCGUUCGAAAGUCUCUUCGGCUCGGUGACGUGUUUGCCUGGAUGCUUCAGUAUGUACCGAAUCCGCUCAGUCGAGACCGGGAAACCGCUGUUCGUAAGCAAGGAGGUCGUCGACGCGUAUGCGGAGAUCCGUGUGGACACGCUGCACAUGAAGAACCUCCUUCACCUGGGUGAAGAUCGGUAUCUGACGACACUCUUACUGAAGCACCACCCAUCUUUCAAGACCAAGUACCUGUUCCGGGCUCAUGCGUGGACAAUCGCACCGGAGAGCUGGGCCGUCUUCUUGUCACAACGUCGGCGAUGGAUCAACUCGACGGUUCACAACCUGAUUGAACUGAUUCCACUGCAACAGCUCUGUGGUUUCUGCUGCUUCAGCAUGCGGUUCAUCGUUUUCAUCGAUCUCAUGAGCACGAUUAUUCAACCCGUGACAGUCGCGUAUAUUGCCUAUCUUAUUGCAUGGCUCGUCAUCGAUACCUCUGUUAUUCCUUUCACCGCCUUCGUUCUUCUUGGGGCGAUCUACGGUCUCCAGGCCAUCAUCUUCGUCCUUCGUCGCAAGUGGGAGAUGAUUGGGUGGAUGAUCAUCUACCUCCUUGCCAUGCCUAUCUUCUCGCUGGCUCUCCCUCUUCAUGCAUUCUGGCAUAUGGACGACUUUACAUGGGGUAACACUCGUAUCGUCACCGGUGAGAAGGGACGCAAGGUGAUCAUCUCUGAUGAAGGCAAGUUUGACCCGUCGUCCAUCCCGAAGAAGAAGUGGGAGGAGUACCAGGCGGAGCUUUGGGAGGCUCAGACGCAGCGAGACGACCGUUCGGAGGCCUCUGGAUAUUCCUACGCAACCAAAUCCUACCACCCAGGGGGAUCGGAGUACGGAUUCCCAGCGACUCGUCCGGCUUCCCAGCUCGACUUGCCUCGCUUCGGGUCUCGUAUGUCGCUGGCUCCGUCGGAGAUGACUGGUCGUCCGAUGGAUAUGGAGAUGAGCGACAUGGCGGGUCUGCCGAGCGACGAUGCGAUUCUGGCGGAGAUUCGCGACAUACUUCGAACGGCAGAUCUGAUGACAAUAACCAAGAAGGCCGUCAAGGCGGAGCUGGAGAGGAGAUUUGGAGUCAAUCUGGACGCGAAGAGAGCAUACAUCAAUUCAGGUGGGUUUCCGUUUAAUUCUGAAGAUGGAUGGAUGGAUGGUACAGUACUAUCGGAAUUAGGUAAUAAAUUAGUCUAUUAUUUAUUACUAUUGAUUGUGUCAUGUCGGCGACCAGUAAGUCUGUCUCAAUUAGGUAGGUACCUGGUCAUCAUCAAUCGAUUCAUUCCGAUAAAUAAUAAUAAGACUUCUGUCGAAGUUAAAGUUAAUACCAACGCUACCUCUAAUCGUAUUCUAAUAUCAAAUGUGCAGGCCUUCUGUCUGUCUGUCUGUCUGGCGUCUGGCCCGGCAAAGCAGCAGACAGAGAAUAAAAAGAAAGUUAAUAACUACCUACCUACCUGCUAUGUAUCGGGACACCUAGACGGUAAUAUUAGUUGGUAUCAAUGUACAUAUAGACAAAAAAGAAAACAGACAAAAAAAUAA